UGAAACGUGAAAGUGAAGUUGGAGAAAGAGAGAGACGGGACAGAUCAGUCAGAGGAGCAUCGAAGCUGCAGGCUGCAAGAUUCUCAACACGUCCAACAUGAGUCUCCAGGUUUGCUACUGUGGCUGGUCCAAAGUGACGAGCUACAAGGGCCUGAGAAUUCACCAAGGGAAGAUGGGAUGCACGCCAAGGGGAAUGGGGAUCCCUGAGAGCGAGCAAUUCAGAUUUAACAGUUACGUUCCUAAAUUCACCUACAUGGUACCUCCAAUCCAACUGGAGGAGCCUGUGAUGGACAGGAGCUUCCAGGUUUGCCACAAUGGCUGGGACGAAUCUACGUCCAACCAGGGAUGGAGAAUGAAUCAGCAGAGCUGCAGGCUGAAGGAAGAGAGCAUCCCAGAGCGGGAAGAGCUCAUCUGGAGAAAUUCUCAAGAAAAUGACAGCAGACCAGUUAAGAGUACUCCAGUCAAGAAGGAGAAUGUGCCCGUGUCUCCAAACCUCUUCACCCAGAUGAGCCCUGAGUCCACAGAAGCCUCAGUCAUCAAGAUCAUCAAAUCAUUGAUUGAAAAUCAGCAGCUCUCUGCACAAAUGCGUGACAGCUUUGACAGAUCUCAUCGAGCACUCGAGUUCAGCACUGAUGCACAGCCCCUCAUCAAGCCGGUGCCACAGCCCCUCACCGCCCAAAUGUAUCCUCCAGCUGCAGAGGUUACUGUGAAGGAGACAAACAAACCAUUCUUCGAGACUCCUCAGCGUUCUCAUCAAACCGCCGCCAAAUCGGACAAAGCUCGUCGAGCGCUUGAUUUCUCCUCCGGUGCAGAGCAAGCACAGCAGAUGCUGGACUUGUUUCACUGUCAUGCUGGGGAGCAAAGCAUGCUUCAUCCUGUGAAUCACUUUGUGGAGCAAGAGGUCUCGGUGCCUCCAACAACCACAGCUCAGGAAACAGCAGUCCAUCCUACGGAGACAGAAAGGGAGAAAGAAAAGGAGAAAGAGAGGGAGGCUCAAAAACUACUAAAGGCAAAACAAGACCGCAGGAGGGCUGAGUUCCAGCAGAAAAUUCAAAUCAGGGAACAAAAGUUGGCCGAAGUCAGAUUAUCAGCAAAAAGCUGCAAGGGCAGCUUGGAUGCUGAGUGGCUAGAGAUCAACAAUGUGUUCACCGAGGUGAUGAAAGUUGUGGAGGAUGCUCGGCAGAAAGCCCUUCAGCCUCUGGAGGAGAGGAGACAGAAAGUAAAGAGAGAAGCAAAAGAUCUGGUCCAGAAGCUGGAAACAGAAAUUGCUAAACUCAAAAGCACCAUCGAUGAGUUGGACAAAAACCCAGACAUGCAGGAUGAACUUAGAGACUGGAAAAACGCGAGCGUCGACACUUCAUUCUCCUUCGGUACCCUCAGAACUACAACUUCAGCCAUGAUGGAACAAAUUCACCUGAAACUUGAGAAACUCUCGUCUGUUGAACUCAAGAGAAUUCCCACAUUUGCAGUGGACGUACAGCUGGACCCAACUACUGCGCACCAGUGCCUUGUUCUUUCUGAGGAUGGGAAGGAAGUGAGAGAUGGCGGAAAGAACCAGAAAGUUCCUGACACCCCUGACAGAUUUGACACGUAUGGCAGCGUCCUGGGGCUCAACAGCUUGACCUCAGGGAGAUCAUACUGGGAGGUGGAGGUCAGCAACAAGACCGGGUGGGACCUCGGUGUGGCAAGAGGCGAUGCAAACCGAAAGGGGAAGCUCUCACUGAACCCAGACAACGGCUACUGGGUGACCGUACAUUACGAAGACGAAAAGUACGCAGCCCUGACAGCGCCACCUGUCAGUCUUUCCCUGACAGAGAAACCUCGGAACGUGGGAGUGUUUGUGGACUACGAGGAAGGUCUCGUGUCCUUCUACGAUGUGACUGCUCAGUCUCACAUCUACUCGUUUACUGAGUGUUGGUUCAGGGAUGAGAUCUUCCCAUAUUUCAGUCCGCAUCUUAAACAAAACGAGAAAAAUUCAGAUCCUCUCAUUAUCUCCGCUGUAAAAAAGCAGUAGUGGUUAGAGGAAGAGUGUCUUUACUGGUUUACUGUGAGAGAGGAGCAGUAAAAUCUGGCAUGAUUUUCAUGGUGUGUUUGCUAUGUUUAUAAUGACUAAUGUAUCUGAGCAUCUAAAACAUUACAUAUAUUAAGCAUUUAUUAAACACUUAUUCAUUUCUGCAUAUUUGUUUCCUUGAUCCAUGUUUUAUCAAGCCUCUCUAGCUUUCCUAUGAGAACGGAAUGUAUAAUGACAAAAUGUCUGUUCCU